AUGGAUACUAGUGAUAGAAUCGAGUUUAGUGAACAACCUCCAGGGUCAGAUUCAGAAUGGACGGAAAUACUGCAAUGCUAUGGAAGAGACAGAGAACCUCUCGACGAGUCGACAGAAAUACAAGGAGGUACAUCGCAGCAAAAUUGGUCUGUAACAUUACCUCCUCUGUCGAUUGACCCGCAUGGACAAGCCUCAAGACCAUUAGUACAUCAUGGAGAUUCAGAUGAUUCUAUCAGUGCACAAAUAGGAGGAAUACCGUUCACGAGACCUGACAAGUCGGCUAAUUCAACCAAUCCACAACAUUACGAAACUUCGACUGGCGAAUAUCAAGACGUCGUAGAAUUUUGUGCAAUAACCGAUACAUCUUCACUCAGCCAUCAAACUUCGCCACAUAUUGAACCCACCCCUCUUGCCUUUGAUACCAGCCGAACGUCACUGAAGCCGAGAUUGGAAGCAGACUUUGACGAUGAUGAUAAUAGGACUGCAGUGAACGAGAGAAAGCGUAUGAGAGACUUCUUCGAAGAACAUGGUUGGUUAUGUGGUCCUAUACCAAGCAAGAAAACGAGGUUGAAGAGGAGAAGAGCAAUUCGUAGGCUUGGUCUCAUUGGUGAAGAGGAGGAUGGAAGGAAAGCAGUUCUGUCCAAAUAUGCCGAAAUGGCGGAAUUAAUAUUUCAAGUUCCCAGAUCACUGGUUUCCGUUAUACAUGAUGAAGAGGAAUUUGCUUAUCAUUCCGAUCCGGAGACAAAAGCCAUCUCCCGGCCAACGGCCCAAACAGGCUGUAGUCAUGUCAUCGGUAUUGAGAACGGAGAAUGUUGGGUCAUUGCAGAUUGUACGAAAGAUUGGAGGACAGCGAAGAAUCCGAUAUUCAGAGACAAGCGAUAUAAGUUCUUUGCGGCAGCCUCGCUUCGCUAUCACGGUAAAGAUGGAUCCGAAGUUGAUUUUGGAACUCUCAAUAUCUACGAUGUCAAUCCUCGAUACACAUUCGAUGAGCGGGAGAGAUCAAUGUUGCUCAAAUUUGCCAAUAUGUUGGUUUAUCAACUGGCAACUCUGCAAUCCGAAUACAUAGCAAAGCGGUCAGGUACAAUGUACGAAGCCAGUAUAAAUUUCCUAAGACGAUCGAUACUUCCUGAUACACCUUCCAAUAAACCUCCUUCGGGAGCGAUCGAAGAAGCUCCCCUACCGCAUAUCCCGCGCCAGCCUAUCUCAGCCAAAGAAAAAGACCUCAGCCCCCCAAAGACGAAUGCAGCAGCCAACGUGGCUAGCAAAAUAGGACCAAGGGACAGUAGAGACGAAAGGAGACUGGCCAUGCUAUCAGAUCGAAGCGUAUUCCUUGACAGCGCAAACACACUGAAAUCGCUACUGAAAGCGGAUGCGGUGGUAGUACUCAACAUGGAGGAUUAUCACCUCUUCAUCAGGAAGAAUAGCAAUGGUUCAGAUCCUUUGAAUGGAGAGAUGGGUAACGAUAGAAUUAAGAGUAAAGAGAAGAUCCUGAAUGACUAUUUGCAAGGCCAACCUUGGCCGUCCGAUAUUGAACCUGUUAUCAAUUAUACCGGCCGGGCUCGUGGAGCACAAGUUCUAGGUCUUUCAGCGGAUGAAUCGACAAAAUUCCGCCUCGACACCCCGGGAGCCGAAUCUGUCUUGACAGAAUAUCUGCGAGAAUACUUUGUAACCAGACACUUUUGGUGGGAUAAAGAAGAUGAUACCGACGUAUUGAGCCAACGAAUCAUGGGCUUGAUGCCUGCCCAGGCUCAAACUGCUUUAGGUGCAACAUUCAUGGGUCAUGACGGUAAAAUCAAGUUCUGCAUGUUCGCGACAUGGAAUAAUCCUCCUUCUUCCCUUGUCGAUUCGAGUUUGGUCUCACUACCCUUUGUAUGGAUCUUGGGUGGUUGUUUGAUGGCUGCUUUGGCUAUGAAAAGGAUCAGGGCAUUGGAGCAAACUCAGAUAUCAUAUUCCAACUUGCAAGCUCAAUCAUUCAGCGAGCUACGAACCCCAUUGCAUCAGAUGCUGGCAAUCACUCAGCUGCUACGAUCAUCUAUGACUGAUUUGGCGGAGACUCCCAAGUCCACCUCAGAACUCACUUCGGUAGAACAAAUUCGAGAUCUCUUACCAUUCUUAGACGCCAUCGAUACGUCAGGCAAGACACUUCAGGGCAUUGUCGACAACAUUUUAUCUUUCCUCGAUUUGAAAGGGAAAGAAGGAUCCUCUUCUCUUGGAGACGCUGGAUUGAUGACCGCACCUUCUGGAUCCCAAACCUCUGUUGAAAUAAUGUUCGAAGAUUUGUUGGACGAGAUGAUCGAGGAAAACAGGAAAUUCAGGAGGGCGAAUGGUCAACCAAAUAACAUCGAGACAAUAUUUGAGAUUAUCCCACCCAUACUCGGAGAGCAGGUAUCAGAAGACGCUGGGGGCGAUCUGAGAAGAGCUCUUAUAAAAGUUGUUGGAAAUGCGUAUAAAUUCAUUGACGCUGAAGGUCUCGUGGAAAUUUACGUCGACGAUGUGGUCGAUUUGUUGCCUCCAGAGGGUUGUGAAGAUAUUGCUUUGACUAAAGCCGUCAGUAUUACAAUCAAGGAUGAUGGUAAGGGCAUGCAUCAGGCAUUCGUCAAUGAUAAACUUGGUGAACCUUGGGCAAAAGAAGAUCGUUAUGCUACAGGAAGUGGACUCUCUGUCUACUUGGCAUAUCGAAUUAUCGACUUGAUUGGCGGGUGUAUGGAAAUUACUUCCGCAUCGGGCGCAGGUACCACUGUUCAGAUUGAUGUCCCAUUACCAGUACGAUCCAUCCCGUUCCCCGAGGGACCCUCGGCACCCCCUUCCCCUAGUCUGUCCACCUCUUCCAUCGAAUGUCUCACAAUGCACGAUAACUCGAUCAACGUGGGGAGAAAAUUCGCUCUGGUUGGUUUCAUCAAUCGCGAUGCUAGAAUAGAAAAGGUAGGCACAGCCUUACACAGACAAUACACAAAACUAGGUUGUAUAUCCACGGAUGUAUCGAAAGCCGAACUUGUGGUUGCGUUUGGGGAGGUGGAGGAGAAUUAUCGAGAAGCUAAAGAUCUUUUGGAAGAAUGUGAAACGGACGAUAUCGUAUUUUUGAUCUCAGACAAUCACUUAGCGGACCAAUCAGUCAUUGUCUUAGAAAAGAAAUUGAAUAAGAAGGUUAGAAGAUUCAAAAGACCUACGAAUCCCUCGAUAUUACGAGAAACCCUAUUCCCUAAUCAUUCAAAGAGACUGAAAGAGAUGUUUGAGCAGGAAACAGACGCCGACACAGAUGCUGAUUCGAUCAACACACCGCAUUUGAUGUCACCUGAAGGUGAUGAUAUGGGUAAACCAGGACCAGACGGCCGUAGUCCAUCGUUUUUCCGACAGAUGUUAGCUCCCGGUGCCGGAAGUGACGCCUCGUCUUCAAGAUCUUCCAAAAACUCAUCACAAUCACAUACAUCGUUGAAUUUGACGAAUGCAAUUGCAGCUUUGGCAUUAGGGGAUCGCCUCGCUCACAAUUCCUCGUCAUCACGACAAGGAGAGAGCAACGGCUCUGAGAACUCAACUCCUCUAGGCAAUACUCCUCGUGAAGAAGCUGAAAAUCCAUUCUCACCAACAGAACAUCCUAAAUCCGCCACCACCACCACCACCACUUCGUCAUCGUCUUCAGCAGUGCAAAGUCCAACCAAUCAGUACAUCCCCCGGCAGCCAAUGGACAAAGUGAAAGUAUUAGUCGUGGAAGACAACAAAAUCAACAGGACCAUUUUAGUUAAAAUCCUAAAAACGAAUUUACCAAUCGAAGUACAUGAAGCUGAAGAUGGCGACGUUGCUGUUGAAGUCUUCGGAAAUCUAUCGGGACCUUUGAUAGUCUUGUUAGAUAUCAACAUGCCUCGAAUGGACGGGUAUCAAGCAUGUACAGAAAUGCGUUCCAUAGAAAAACAAUCUCCUGAAAGGCAAAAAGCUCAGAUUAUAGCUGUCACAGCCCUGGGAAGUGAUGACGAGAAGAAAAGAGGCUUAGUAGAGUGUAAUAUGGAUGAAUGGCAUACGAAACCAUGUGGUAAAGCAGCUAUAACACGUAUCGUCCAAAAAGCAAGUCAAAAACUCCUAGAAGGCUCAAUGUAA